CAUCAAACAACAAGAAUUAUUAAUUAUUCAAUUGACAAUGUCUGCUAGAACUGCUUCUAUUCGUAUGGCUAGAUUAGCCACUGCCAGAGCUUCUGCUCAAAUUGCUUCCAAGAGAAGUUUAUCUGCCCUUGCUGCUACUGCUAUUCGUCGUCCAGUCAUUGGUUCAAUUGCCAAGACCAUGAUUGCUUCCCGUGGUGUCAAGACCAUCAACUUUGGUGGUACUGAAGAAGUUGUCCACGAACGUUCUGACUGGCCAAGAGAAAAAUUGUUGGAUUACUUCAAGAACGACACCUUAGCUUUAAUCGGUUACGGUUCUCAAGGUUAUGGUCAAGGUUUGAACUUGAGAGACAAUGGUUUAAAUGUUAUCAUUGGUGUUAGAAAGAACGGUGCUUCUUGGAAGGCUGCUAUUGAAGACGGUUGGGUUCCAGGUGAAAACUUGUUCGAUGUGACUGAAGCCAUUGAACGUGGUACUUAUGUCAUGAACUUGUUAUCCGAUGCUGCUCAAUCUGAAACUUGGAACACCAUCAAGCCAUUGAUCACUGAAGGUAAGACCUUGUACUUCUCCCACGGUUUCUCUCCAGUCUUCAAGGACUUGACUCACGUUGAACCUCCAACCAAUGUUGAUGUUAUCUUGGUUGCUCCAAAGGGUUCCGGUAGAACUGUUAGAUCUUUAUUCAAGGAAGGUAGAGGUAUUAACUCCUCUUAUGCCGUCUGGAACGAUGUUUCUGGUAAGGCUGAAGAAAAGGCCAUUGCUCUUGCUGUUGCCGUUGGUUCUGGUUACGUCUACCAAACCACUUUUGAACGUGAAGUCAACUCUGAUCUUUACGGUGAACGUGGUUGUCUUAUGGGUGGUAUCCACGGUAUGUUCUUGGCUCAAUACGAAGUCUUGAGAGAAAACGGUCACACUCCAUCUGAAGCUUUCAAUGAAACUGUCGAAGAAGCUACUCAAUCCUUAUACCCAUUGAUUGGUAAGUACGGUAUGGACUACAUGUACGAUGCUUGUUCUACCACUGCCAGAAGAGGUGCUUUGGAUUGGUACCCAAGAUUUAAGGAUGCCUUGAAGCCAGUCUUUGAAGACUUGUACGAAUCUGUUAAGAACGGUUCCGAAACCAAGAGAUCCUUGGAAUUCAACUCUCAAGCUGACUACCGUGAAAAGUUGGAAGCUGAAUUGAAGACCAUCAGAGACAUGGAAAUCUGGAGAGUUGGUAAGGAAGUUAGAAAAUUACGUCCAGAAAACAACUAAGCCAUUUUUAAAUGAUCUGAUUUUACAAAUGUCCUAAGGACACACACACAAUAUAUCUAGUCUACAAAAAAAAUGGUCGUGAAUGACUGACAUUAAUAUUUAUUCAAUUCUUAUUUUUUUUUUUUGUUAAUAUAACUUAUGGGUUUUUUUUAUAGCAUUUUAUUAGGGGAACUAUUAUGUUUGUUGAAUAAACAAUUGUUUCG